UUGUGCUCAGGGAUCGUAUCAACUUAGUAUAGGGAAUGAAAACAUGCUUGGACUUGCACAGCCCACGGUGUCUGUGGUACUAUCUGAGGUACUCGAUGCCCUGGAGAAUUUCAUUUGCCAAAGAUGGAUAAAAUUCAAUUAUAACGAGGCUGAAAUGCAACAAGCAAAAUCACAUUUUUAUAGCAAUACCAGAUUUCCUGGGGUAAUCGGUUGUGUUGAUGGUACACACAUCAAAAUUGUGGCUCCCAAAAAGGAGUUGCAGCAUUUAUAUUACAAUAGAAAAGGAUUCUUUAGCAUUAAUGCUAUGAUUGUUUGUGAUCAUACAAUGAACAUACGGUAUAUAAAUGCAAAGAAUCCGGGGGCAACGCAUGAUUCAAUGAUUUUCAACAUGUCAGCAUUGAAAGCAUAUUUAGAACAGCAAGUCGAAAAUGGUCUUCGCAAUACUUGGCUACUUGGAGACGCUGGAUACGCUCUAAAAACAUAUUUGAUGACACCUUUUAGAAAUUCUGAAGAAGGAUCUCCAGAAAGCAGAUAAAAUACACAACAUUCGAGAGCAAGAAAUAUAGUAGAGCGCACUAUUGGAGUGUUGAAAAUAGAUUCAGAUGUUUGUUACAAGCAAGAGCUCUCCACUAUUCUCCAAAA